AUGCCUCCAAAAAAAGCAGCAACCGAGAAGAAAACUCUGUUGGGUCGGCCAGGAAACAAUCUCAAGAUUGGUAUCGUAGGCGUGCCUAACGUAGGAAAAUCGACUUUUUUCAAUGCCUUGUCAAACACCAGUCUUGCGAUCGCGGCGAAUUACCCGUAUGCGACUAUCAAUCCUGAGGAAGCACGCAUUCCGGUGCCAGAUGCUCGGUUUGACUGGCUAUGCGAGACGUACAAACCUGUAUCCAAGGUCCCUGCCUUCUUGACCUGUAUAGAUAUCGCUGGGUUGACAGCUGGCGCUUCAACUGGUGCAGGUCUUGGUAAUGCUUUCCUGUCCCAUGUCCGGGCCGUGGAUGGUAUCUUUCAAGUCGUCCGUGCCUUUGAGGAUGCUGAAGUUACGCAUGUCGAGGGAGACGUGGACCCUACACGAGACAUGAGCAUUAUCCAAACCGAACUGCGGCUGAAAGACAUCGAAUGGGUGGAAAAGCACUUGGAGGGCCUGAAAAAAACAGGAAGAAGUCUUAAUAGCACGAGUUUAGCUGAUAAAGCCAAGAAGGAGGAGAUUGCAACCGUCGAAAAGAUUUUGAAGGUUCUGACUGUGGAUGAAAAAGACGUCCGGAAGCAAGAUUGGUCCAACAAAGAGAUCGAUGUUGUCAACGGCCUGCAACUACUCACCGCGAAGUCGGUGACCUACCUUGUCAAUCUGAGUGAACGGGACUAUAUACGGAAGAAGAACAAGUGGCUACCCAAGAUCAAAGCAUGGAUCGAUGCCAACAACCCCGGCGAUCCCCUAAUCCCUUUCUCUGUGGCGCUAGAGGAGCGUUUGGCCGGCAUGUCGCCGGAAGAGAAAGAAGAAGAACAGAAAAAGGUCGGAGCACAGAGCGCCUUGCCUAAGAUAACGCAGGCCGGAUAUAGUAGUCUGGAUCUCAUUCGAUACUUCACCUGCGGUCCUGAUGAAGUACGGGCGUGGACUAUUCGAAAGGGGAUUAAAGCGCCUCAAGCGGCCGGUGUCAUCCACUCUGAUUUCGAAAACAAAUUCGUUUGCGGUGAAAUCAUGUCUUACGACGAUUUAAAAGAGUAUGGAACCGAAGCCGCUGUCAAGGCUGCCGGGAAGCUGAGACAACAAGGAAAGCCUUAUGAGAUGGUCGACGGUGACAUUGCUUACUGGAAAGCAGGAGCAUGAGAUCUCUGCUCAUGUCAGUGGUUGAUAUUAUGAUAGGAAACGAGUAUAUGUAGUGCAAAGGAAAAUGAAUGUAUACACCUACUGUAGAUUCGAAGGUUUUGGCAAUGAUCGCAAAUAUUCGGACCGUUUAGCCG